GAAGCUGUUGGUUUUGUUUUGCAGUCGCUGCAGCACGCAGUGGCCCGCCAAGCGCUUCUCAGCUGUUCAAUUUGAGGCUGUUGUGCCCAUGGAGUUUCGUAUGGUUGUGCCAUCAAAUUGUGCAACAGUGGUAGGUGUUCUGUGGUGGUACCGCGAAUGAGGGCCCUCGUUCCUGCACUGUGCAUGCAGAAUCGUGGUCCACCCCAGGACCUGCUAAGUGAUCAAGGUGGUGUCUUCUGUUUCGAAGUUAUCAAGGAGUGUUUCAAGGAGUGCCACGCUGUUCUCUGCAAAACUACUUUUCGCCACCUGCAGCCGAAUGGCCUCACCAAACGCUUCAACCAUAAGCUCGAUGACGUGCUCUCAAUCAGUGACAAUGGAUCUGCUGCAACUGAGUGCUCCCCGUGAGUUCCCUGUGCCCAGCUCGUCGUCUGAGAGCAGCCGCAGCUCUAAUGGUGCAUCCAUGGCCUGCCGAGUUUGCCUACAGCAGCGUUCAAACUUCUUCUGUGACGAGUGCAUUCGCAAUGGUGACUUCACCCGCAGCCAGGAACGCUGUCCUGAAAGGUUUGCAGAAAAGAAGCUGCGUCUUCUUAGGCUCCAGCGGCAUAAAGCCUCUCUCGAAAACAGCAUCCUGGAAAAGUCUGGACCCAUGCUUGAAAAGGAGGCACUGGGGGACACCAUGCAACGCACAAGGGACCAGAUAACCUACCUCUGCAUCGUCCUUGAGGACCUCAAGAGGAGGAAAGAAAAGGAAGAGUUGGAGCUGCAGCAAGAGCGGGCCCAGUGUUGGAUGGCCGACCGGGAGGUGCUGCAUGUGCGGGAGCAGCUGCAUCUACGGUCGCAGCAGCUGGACAGCCUGCGGCAAUCCCUGGAGGAGAAGCGCCAGCGGCUUGCAGGCUGCCAGCUACAGCGCCAGAAACUAGUGCGAGCUUACGUGGGCGACCUCGCUCGUGACAUCUUCCCCAUACACGAGGAAGAGCGCCCACUCGAAGCCAGCAUGGAGCCCAGUGCGUCUGGUGGUCGAGAACUGCAUGAACUGGAGGAAGCCCAGCAGACCGUGUACAUGCGUGGCCGCUGGGUUCAACUGGCACCUACCGAGGGGUGCUAUAACCUGGUCGGCGUGCGCCUGCCUACCAGUGGAGACUACUCGCAGUACUGCCACUGGUUGGCUGAGCAGCAGGAGCGUGCGUGGCCUGCCCCUGAAGAGCCAUGCAAUGCGGGUUACACACUCGCUGGGCUCAUGUAUGCGGCCCAGAUGCUGGCUGUCCUUGCAUUCUACCUGGAUGUACCUCUGCCCCACAGCCUUUGCUACAGCCAGUUUGGUGCCCGAGAUGAAAGCGAGGAUGACUUCCGAAACCUGGUGGCUCGCCUCAACAGCAACGUGUUGCAUCUGUGCGCAUCCCAAGGCUUGGAACCGCCCCUGCUACGACCCAGGACCACGCUGCGCAAUCUUGCACUCCUGGUACAGCACCAGGGCAAUAUCAGGCUAGGUCCAUUCGAGAUGAGUAAUGACUUGUGGGCAUCACUUGAGGAGAGCUUGGGGCCCGAGUUACAACCCAGUGACCCUGACAGUGACGACAACGAUGACUGGGAAGAUGUCACAGAAGACUCGCCCAAGGCUGACACGCAGUGGCAGCCCAGCAGCCCCCAGCCCUGCAGCAGUCUUCUCUCGUCAGCUGCAGCUCUAGUCAGCAAUUUUUGGAAGCCGAAGUGAUAAAAGCUGCUCUCCUCAACACAUGCACCUGCUUGGAACUUAUGUCUCCUGUGCUGGGUAUGUUGAAAAAUGCCCCAGCCAGUUGACUUGUUUUAUUUCACGUGUAGAAUUUAUUUAUAAUGUGACACAAAAUAUUGUAUAAAUCGAAAAGCAUGGAAUCGUCAUCGGUUUCCUGGGUGGGUUCCUUUCUUGGUGCACGAUCCAUCAAGUGCCACAAUUGAGCAAACUAGUACUUAACUGUCGUGACUGUAGCAGAUUAAGCAAACUUGCCCUUGCACUUUCAGCCAGCACAAGAAAAGAAAGGACCUGCACUGCUGUUGAAUGCGGGUGUCAUUUGUCAUUGUUGACACAAGAUACCAGUAGUGCACAUGGGCUUUUCGGUUGCUGUUUCACAGGAUGUACUUUUCUACACACAAUUUAUAGCUUCAUUCACUGUGGACAGGGUUAUUCAACACCUUUCUGGCCACAAAACUGCCACCUCAGUUUCACAUAGAUCUCGCACCCAUCGCCAGGGCCGGAACUCGGCACUUUAAAGACCAUUCAGGCACUGUUGUUGAUCUAGUUGUGUGUGGGGUAGCCUCGGUAUUCAAGCCUCGUGAACUUCUGCUUCCGUCACUUCACUUUCACGUGUUAUCUAACAUUCAACAUGCAUAAAUACCACUUAGACUUGUAUAAAAGCCACACUUCUCUUUCACGACUUUGAUGGGGUGUGGCCCUCACACAAGAUCGAGCCUUUUGGCGUAUGCCAGUAUGAUGUUCGCAAUAAUUCGCUGUAGCCUUCUAUCAUCUCAAAGGCUAAUGCUGUUUUUUAAUAAUCACUUUGUUGCAUCAGUGAAACAUGCCGCAUAGUAGUGCUUAGUUAUCCACUCUCACUGCCACUGGUGCUCUUGCUUGGCUUUGGAGUGAUUGUGUAUACGCAUAGCUGAAACUUCCAGUCUCUUCAUAAAGUACAGGCACUAAAGUGUUGAAUCUUGUCUUUCUUUUUGUUGCCGUAAGUAACUAACGGCCUACUUAUCACUGCUGGAAACCUUGCUUGUUGCAGCAUGCAAUGGUCAACUACUGCCACACCCACUUCUUUUUGUGCUUUUGAGUAACUGGUCCAAUAAACAUAUAACCAAUCUUUUGUGCCAA